UCACCCUCAACUCAAGCACACAAUAAUACUAUAUACUAUAUAUUUAUUCAAUUAAAUAUGAUUUACGAGUACUCUCCAUUAUAAGUAUAACCAUUCCCAAUUAUUAAAAAAAGGAAAAAGAGUUUAACUGAAAUUGAAGCGCUGCCAUGCCCAUGGCAGUGAGGCAACCUAGUUGCUAUAAAUACAAAUAAACCCCUCUCUCUUGUUCAUCACAAGAAUUAAGAAAAUAGAAUUCCAGCAGCACACCAUGGAAGUAGCAAAACAAGAAGCAAGAGUGGCACCCGCACCCCCCAUGGUGGCCAUGCUCCCAUCGCCCGGCAUGGGGCACCUAAUCCCGAUGAUCGAGUUCGCCAAGCGAGUCGUCCGCUACCAUAACCUGGCUGUCACCUUCGUAAUCCCCACGGACGGCCCACCUUCCAAGGCCCAAACCACCGUCCUCCAGGCCCUCCCCCCUUCCAUCUCCCACACCUUUCUCCCCCCCGUCACGCUCUCCGACCUCCCCCAAGACUCCAAAAUCGAAACCCUAAUCUCCCUCACCGUCCUCCGCUCCCUCCCCUCCCUCCGCGACACCUUCCACUCCCUCUCCGCCACCCACACCCUCGCCGCCCUCGUCGUCGACCUCUUCGCCACCGACGCCUUCGACGUCGCCAAAGAAUUCGACGCCUCCCCCUACGUCUUCUACCCCUCCACCGCCACCGUCCUCUCCCUCUUCCUCCACCUCGGCACUCUCGACAAGGAAAUCCAGUGCGAGUUCAAAGACCUGCCCGAACCGGUGAACAUCCCCGGCUGCAUUCCCCUCCAGGGAAAAGACCUACUCGACCCGCUUCAAGACCGCAAAAACGAAGCCUACAAGUGGGUCCUCCACCACGCCAACAGAUACAGAGAAGCCGAGGGAAUCAUCGUGAACAGCUUCCUCCAGCUGGAACCCGGUCCAAUCAAGGAGUUGGAAAGCGAAGAACCGGGGAAGCCUCCGGUUUACGCGGUUGGACCGUUGGUCCGAAUGGAAUCCGGUUGCAGCGGUUGUGAUUGUUUAGCCUGGCUGGACGAACAGCCACGUGGAAGUGUCCUAUUCGUGUCAUUCGGCAGCGGUGGGACCCUCUCCUCUGCUCAGAUCAACGAGCUGGCCCUGGGCCUGGAAUCUAGCGGGCAACGGUUUCUGUGGGUGGUGAAAAGCCCAAGCGAGAAAGCCGCAAACGCCUCUUACUUCAUCGCGGAGAGUGAAGCGGAUCCGCUACACUUGUUACCGGAAGGGUUCGCGGAAAGAACAAAAGGCAGGGGCCUGUUGGUUCCUUCUUGGGCCCCUCAGCCCCAGGUCCUGGCCCAUCCCUCCACGGGUGGCUUCUUAACCCAUUGCGGCUGGAACUCUAUCCUGGAGAGCGUGGUGAAUGGCGUUCCCCUGCUCGCCUGGCCUCUCUUCGCGGAGCAGAAGAUGAACGCCUUCAUGCUCACGCACGACGUCAAAGUGGCUCUCAGGCCCAAUGUUUCCCAGAAUGGCUUCGUGGACAAACAUGAAAUCGCCACCGUUGUCAAGUGCCUCAUGGAAGGUCAAGACGGGAAGAAGCUUCGUUACCGAAUCAAGGAUCUCAAGGACGCCGCUGCCAAGGCUCUCGCUCACGACGGUGCCUCCACCAACCAUAUCUCCACUUUAGCUCUCAACUGGACCAACAAACCACCAACUCUAUCAAAUUUAAAUUAAUUUUUUUAACUAUUAUUCCUCCUGCACUUAGCUUUUUUUUCUUUUUCUUUAAUUCUGCUCCAGUUGUUUAAACUAGUAGUAGUACAUAGUAUUAUUAUUUAUAUUUUUAUUUAUACAUAUAAGGUGAUGUUACGUAAUUAAUUUGGGAUGAUUUAGUUUUCUUUGGUUUA